AUGUGUCGCCACAUGAUCCGUUCUGGCGGACAUAGCAACAGGAUGCUGAACAUCCUGACGAGAGUGUCGAUGAGCGGGGUCUCGAAAGAAGACGAGAAGCAGGGCGUCAAGAGUCCCUUGCAGCGAGCGGUGGACAUCUGGAACAUGCUCUUCCAACCAUCGUUCAAGGUCUCUGUCCCUGUUGCGAUCUUCUCGUGGCUCGUUGGCUCCGUUGUCCUUACCGGGGCCAUGUUCGUCUCCCUGGUCUACUUCGUGCCGGAGCCGCAGAUUCAGGAGCCCAGCUCGAGCGUUGUGGAGGACGUGGCUCUGUUUGAGCACAUCCUCCGAGACAUCGACACUGGAUAUGUGGAGAAAGUGUCGACGGAGAAGCUCUUUGAGACGGGAGUGAGAGCGAUGCUGGGCUCCCUCGACCCAUACACUGAGUUCGAGAACAACAAGGCUGCGGAGAACCUCCAGAUUCAAACGUUUGGCACGUACGGAGGGGUUGGAGUGGGGCUUGCAGAGGAUUGGAAGAUCGGGCGUGACGGGAGGGAGAAGGAGACGAAAAGUUUCAGGGUCAUGAAUGCGCUUGAAGGGUACGCAUACGAUGCCGGUCUUCGGCCCGGAGAUCACAUCUUCAAAGUUGACGAUGAGUAUCUGGAUGGAAAAUCCAUUGCCGAUGUGACGAACCUGCUGAGAGGGAAGCCAGGGUCGGAUGUGAGGGUUGCGUUCUACCGGGAUGGGUUGGAGAAGCCGGGUGAGGUCGUCCUUCAUCGAGAUCAGAUCCACAUCAAGGACGUGUCGCUGGCAAUGCGCAUUGGCCCUUGGGCGGACUCGAUCGGGUACAUCCAGCUCAAGGGGUUCGCUGUCGACGCUGGCAGGGAAGUGAAGAAUGCCUUGGAGCAACUCAAGGAAAGCACAGCCGACGGCAAGCUGAAGGCAGUUGUGCUCGACCUCCGCGGAAAUCCUGGUGGCCUCCUGACCAGUGCGGUAGAUGUUGCUGAGCAGUUUGUCCCCCGGGGAUCUGUCAUCGUCACUACCAAGGGAAGGGAUGGGCCCGUAUGGUCAUACACGUCUCAGCGUGAUCCUGUGCUCGAUCCCAGCACCAAGGUGAUCGUGUUGACAGACCGGCGCACGGCGUCGGCAGCUGAGAUUGUUGCUGGCGCGAUUCAGGACCAUGACAGGGGCAUCAUCGUGGGGGAGAAGACGUUUGGGAAGGGGCUCGUUCAGCAGGUUGCCCACCUGCCCUACGAUACUUCUCUCAAGUACACGGUCGCCAAGUACUACACGCCUAGCGGCCGAUGCAUCCAGAGCGUUAAAUACCAGGAAGGAGGGGUGGAAGAGGCGAAGUUGGGUAGGUCAAGUGUGCCAGCUGGGCAGGGGUACGUGUCGAGGGUGGUCAAGGACGGGGAGAGGAAGGUAUUCAAGACAUCCAAGGGCCGGCUCGUAAGGGACGGAGGAGGGGUGGAACCGGAUCUGAUGAUACCGGCACCCAGUCAGUCGGAGAUCGAGCUGCAGUUGGUGGAGCAAGGCUCUUACCUCAACUUUGCAAGCAAGUGGGCGGUUGAACACCCGGAUCUAGUCAACGAGAAGCUGAUCUGGAAGGACAACGACAUCGUCACGCCUCAGGUGUUCGACGAGUUCGUCAAGUACAUCUCAGACAAGAAGGAGAGCGGGUUCGAGCUCCGCACGAGGUUUGACGGAGCCAUUCGCGAGCUGUCAGAAGCCGUGUCCCUCGGAGGCUUCCCGAAGCUCAAGGGCGAAUUGGAUCGCCUUCAGGAGAUGGCUCACUCUGAGCUCUUGAGCAACAUGAUGGAGCAUCGAGAUUUGAUCUCUCAGCGUAUUGAGGAUGCACUGAGGGCAAGAUGUGAACCAGAGACAGUCAGGAUCGCUCACGCGCUGAGGCAUGACCAGUACAUCUCCAAGGCUACUGAGAUUGCUCUCAACCCUCGUGCCUACGAUUCGUUUCUUUCAGAGGGUGUUGCCAUCGCUCCGUCAUCUCAAGAUCAUAAGACAACUUCAGCGAGGCAUCAACUGUCCGCGUCUGCAAGAAAGGCCAACGGCCAUUACAUGUAG